AUGGUACUUAAGGUCUUCUUUCCAUCAUGCUGCUUCUCAGCAGAAAGCGGCAUUUUGGUUGGCCGCUGGAUCUCAGAACAGAAGUCUGCUGUUGUCCUCGCCGUGGUCCAUUUCCCUUUUAUUCCUGUCCAGGUGAAGCAGUAUCUCAGUGAAGUCCAGCGGGUGACUAAAGUCAGUGUUUCUGUGCUUGGAUCCUGGAGCAACAGCAAACAGGACAAGGAUGAGAGCCUGAGCAAGUUCUUGGAAGACCUUGCGACAAUAUUCUCCCACGAGCCAUGGAUUCAGAUAAGCAAAGAGGGAGACAGCAAAUUCUGGAGCUGUUCUACCCUUCAAAAACACUCUAACAACCCUAAGAUGGAAGAAAGUAUCUUGGUAUACUAUGACCAGCGCAAAGUCAUGCUUUCCCAUCUACAUCCCGCUUUGGACACAGCUUCUGCUACUGACCACCAGGCAGAUGAUGCUUCUAAGCUUGCUGCCAUCUUUGACACAGUUGCAAAGAGCAAGAUACUGUUCAUGACGGACAGAUACGAUGAUGGGCCCAUCAAGAUGACCCACUGGCAGUCGGAUGGCGUUGAAGCUAGUAUCAUUGUGGAGCUGAUGAAGCAGGCCUCUGUGCCUGCAUGCAUGCUGCUGACGUUCCUGCUCUCACUUAUCUCUGGGGUCUGCAGGAGCCGGGUGCUGAAGAUUUGGCCUUUGUCUUUCUUAUGGAGCAAACUCUCAACUUGUGAGCAGCUGGGACAUCGCCUGCAGCACCUCCAGGUUAUCAGCAGCAACAAGAAGGCUGAAACCCAGGCUCAACUAAUGAGGAAAGCCAACAUCUUUGUCUCUCUGCUGAUUGAUGUGGCUCUGGGGAUACUGCUAAUGUCCUGGCUGUACAGAAAGAACCGAAUUGGUCACCUUGCUGACACUCUUAUCCCGGUGGCUGAUCACGUAGCUGAAGAGCUCCAGGACCUGCUCCAGUGGCUGAUGGGAGCACCAGCUGGACUGAAAAUGAACCGAGCUUUGGAUCAGGUUUUGGGCCGCUUCUUCCUUUACCACAUCCAUCUUUGGAUUAGCUACAUUCACCUGAUGUCCCCAUUCAUUGAGAUGAUCCUCUGGUACGUUGGUCUGUCUGCUUGCCUGGGCCUGACCGUGGCUCUCUGCAUCCUCUCUGACAUCAUUGCGCUUCUGACCUUCCACAUCUACUGCUUCUAUGUCUACGGAGCCAGGCUCUACUGUCUGAAGAUUUACGGCCUGUCAUCUCUCUGGCGCUUGUUCCGUGGGAAGAAGUGGAAUGUCCUCCGACAGCGGGUGGAUUCCUGCUCCUAUGACUUGGACCAGUUAUUUAUUGGCACGUUGCUAUUUACGAUCCUGCUGUUCCUGCUGCCUACAACUGCACUGUAUUAUUUGGUGUUUACCCUGCUCCGUUUGCUGGUGGUGAUUGUGCAAGGCAUGAUACACUUGCUAGUUGACCUGAUUGACUCUCUGCCGCUUUAUUCAAUCAUCCUUCGGCUCUGCAGAUCCUACAGACUCGCAGCUGGUGUGAAGUUCAGAGUCCUUGAGCAGCAGGAUGGAAAACCUCUUCGACUCCUUAUGCAGAUCAACCCUCUAUCAUAUGGCAGUGUGGUACAGACAUACAGGCUGCCGACCUACAGCUGUUACCCUAAGGAUUCCUGGACAUCACUCUGCAAGAAGCUGUUCCUUGGAGAGCUAAUCUACCCUUGGAAACACAAAGGAGAGAAGCAGGACUAAAGACAGCGAAGGAGCUUGAAAGUCUUGGUCAGAAAACUUAUUGAAUCCUAAUGCUUUUGGACCAAAGGCAUCUCAGAGGUAGCAGCUGCUGGAUUCCUUAAUUAGAUUUUGGUAACAUGAGAGGGGUUGAAUUUUUAAAGGCAAGUAUUUUUAAACAUUAU